AAAAUUGGUUUAAAUUAGAUGGAGAACAGGGCGUUUUCAGCGCAUACUCUACAUUUUUGAAACUCGCGAAAAAAUGCGGUUCUGCUUUUAUUUUGCUUUAUUUUCAUGUCUUGUCAUAAAUAUUCUCGCAGAUCCUAUGAUUUUGGAUUUGAAGUCUUAUAAAAAUGGCACCGUGUACCAGGUGGCAAAUUUAGAAGAUUCUGCGAAUCUUUACGUUGCUUCCGAUGAUGAUCCUUCCAACCUUAGGUUAAUACAAAUUAUCACUGGAGGGAAUACCUAUUCUCUAGCAGACUUGGUUUCCACACCACAAAAGAUUACGAUCAGCGGGGGUCUAACGAUCACCUCAACUAACCCGGACGCGGUGACCUACGCCCUGACAGGCUAUAUCUAUGUGACAACAGCUCAGCAGGCUCAGGAUCCGCUGUUCAAAGUUUUGGUGGUGACAGGAGCUCACACGUUGAACGCCAACGGGGUUCAGGCAACUACAGUGAUUUUGAACACUGAGUUGGAGGUGCGAACGGAUGAUGCAGAUCAACCAACGAAGAGCUCCUAUGUCAGCAAUUUGAAAAUGACAAGUAACGAAAACCUGAAAUUCCACUGGGGAAUCCCGGCUGCUAAUUGGAAACAGGGGACAACAAAUAACACGUUCUUCAUGAAUCCCUACACUGAUGGUACCAAUACAAUGUUUUUCGAUCACACGGAACCUAUGCAGAUUGGGCUCGACUGCUGGUACAUCAUCUCGUCUGGGCCGGUUAGCAUGGGUGUGAAGAAUGAUUACGUGCCAAACCACAACUACACCACAACCGCCGCCAACACCACCGGCCUAUUGGUCAGCGGCAACUUCCUGUACCAAGAGCAUCAGGUGAACUUUCUACCAGAUCCAACUCGUUCGAGAACCGUCGGUACUUUUAUCACUGCAUACAUUCCACAAGGGGCCAAUGUUAACUUCACAUUUGUUGCCGCGGACGGGAGCUGGGUUCAGACUUUCGACAGCUCUAAGAACAACUCUCAACUGGCUUCUUCCUCGCCUUUAGCUGCACAAAAACUGAAUGUCAAGUCCAGUCGAAUUUUUGCAGGCACCUUUUAUUGCCAAUAUUUCGGGAUCAGUACUGCAAUGCUACCUAUUAGCUCUUCAUCUACCACUGUAACGAGCCCUGCAAUAAUAACCACAAGCCAAGGAGGAAAAGCCUCCACUACUCCGUCCUCAGCUCCUCCAGCUCCGGGAAGUUCGUCAGCAAGUCCUACAGGCACCAGUGGCUCCAGCGUCUCUCCUCCAGCUUCUGGGCCAACCACUUCUAUGCCAGCUCAAGCUUCAACCACACCCAGUGGAACAAUGGGAAGUACUCUCCAAACAACUACCAAAUUCUCCAGAUCUCCUUCGAUUCUUAUUUCAUCUUUCGCAAUUUUCUAUUUGAUUAUUUGAUUCGAUUAUGAAAUUUUGCGAAAAUGCCUAUAACACUUUGUUUGAUUAUUUGCCGGCAUGUCGCGACAGAUAAGGGAAAAAUGAAUAAAAGCACCAAGGA